CCUGCCGUGGGUCCGUGAGCACCGCGGAGGCAGCGCACGGCACUCACGCGUGACCGCGGCCACGCGUGCCCCUCGGGCAGGGUUUUACCCGUGCUGUGCGGGGCUUUGCGGGCUGGGAAGGGGUCCCGGGGGCACGCCGCCUGUUGCUCCCGCUGCCGCAGCUGGUGCCCCCGAAGAGCACCGCAGGCGAGCGGAGAUCUCCAGCUCAGCUCCCUCCCGGCACAAGUUGUGUCCGCACGCAGGGAGGAGGCGGCUCUGCGUGACUCGAGCCUGCUCCGGGCUCCCUCCCGAGCCGCGCCGAGCCCCCGCCGCCCGGCCCCGUCCGUGUGCGGGCAGCGCAUGGGGGGUCCCGCAGCCCCCCGGCGGCGCUCGGCGAGGGGUCGGCGGGCGGGGGCAGCCCGGCCUCCCCGCUGCCUCCCGGCGCCGGGGGCCCUCGGGGCGAAGCGGAGCCGAGCCCCCGCCCGUCGCCCCCGCCCGCCGCCCCCCUCCGCGGGCGGGGGCCGCCAUGACGAGCAGCAGCGGCAGCCGCCCGCCCGCCGCCCCCCCGCCGAGCCCCGCCGAGCCCCGCGGCGGCGGCGGCCCCCCGCGGCAUGUCAUGCAGGUGUCGGCCAAGGACGGGCAGCUGCUGCUCUCCUCCGCCGUGCGGAGCCUGGCCGCGCACAGCAGCCCCUUCAAUGACCGGCCAAUGUGCAGGAUCUGCCACGAGGGCAGCAGCCAGGAAGACCUGCUCUCCCCCUGCGAGUGCACGGGGACCCUGGGGACUAUCCACCGCAGCUGCCUGGAACACUGGCUGUCAUCCUCCAACACCAGCUACUGUGAGCUCUGCCACUUCAGGUUUGCAGUGGAGCGCAAACCCAGGCCGCUGGUAGAGUGGCUGAGGAACCCAGGCCCCCAGCAUGAGAAACGGACUCUCUUUGGAGACAUGGUGUGCUUCUUGUUCAUAACGCCACUGGCGACCAUCUCUGGCUGGCUGUGUCUACGAGGAGCUGUGGACCACCUGCACUUUAGUAGUAGGCUAGAAGCUGUUGGCCUCAUUGCACUCACUGUCGCACUCUUCACUAUUUACCUCUUUUGGACCCUAGUAUCAUUUAGAUAUCAUUGCAGAUUAUACAACGAAUGGCGUCGGACCAAUCAGCGGGUGAUACUCCUAAUCCCGAAGUCUGCCAAUGUUCCUUCCAACCAGCAGUCCCUGCUGGGCCUGCCAUCAGUCAAAAGGAACUCAAAGGAGACAAUCGUCUGAUCUGGGGAUUUCUGCACUGGGUCCAUGCACUAAAAAUAUUUUCCUCAAACUCUUCGGGCUCAGACACCGUCCAGAACCCACUAGUGUGCUGUUCUGAUUUACAAACUCUUCACAGAGGAAGAAAUCACUGUCUGAAUUCAAAUCAUGGAUGCUGCAAUCAUAUGAUAUUUGCUAAGCUGCCAAACGUGUUUAUUUAGCAGAUACUAUAUGGAAGCUCGUGUUAAUACUUGCAUCAACAAGUGAUGCAAACUUUUCUAUUGUUUAAAAAUAUUAAACUAUGAUAAUUAACAAUGCAAAA